AUGUCCGGGGACACUUACGAAGGCUCAGCAGGAAUAGUCUAUUCUGCAAACCUCAACCUCAGCUGUGUUUUCAACAGGACCAACAGCUCGGGUGACUGGGACUUCUCCCACCUGUCCGACCUCAACAAAACAGACGUGGUGGGAGAUGGCGCCGCUGUUGUGAGGAUUAUAAUCUCUGUCAUCUACUCGCUGGUGUGCGCGCUGGGCUUGGUUGGGAACGUACUGGUUCUGUACCUGAUGAAGUCCAAACAGGUGUGGAAAAAAUCCUCCAUCAACCUCUUCGUCACUUGUUUGGCGCUGACGGACUUCCAGUUCGUGCUGACUCUGCCGUUCUGGGCUGUGGAGAACGUGCUGGACUUCACGUGGCUUUUUGGCAAAGCCAUGUGCAAGAUCGUCUCCUAUGUGACGGCCAUGAACAUGUACGCCAGCGUGUUUUUCCUCACUGCCAUGAGCGUGACCAGGUACUGGUCUCUCGCCUCUGCGCUGCGGGGCAGGCGGCGGCGGCCACGCUGCUGCCCCGCACGCUGCAUCACCGUCUUCAUCACCGUCUUCAUCUGGAUCGCAGCUGUCUCCGCCGCGCUGCCGCACGCGGUUUUCUCCACCACCGUGAGCGUUUCCAGCGAGGACUUGUGCCUCGUCAAGUUCCCAGAAACCAACGGAAGCGCACAGCUCUGGCUGGGGCUGUAUCAUUCCCAGAAGGUGCUGCUGGGGUUUGUGUUGCCGCUUGGCAUCAUAUCGGCCUGCUACCUGCUCCUUUUGCGCUCCAUCACCUCCAAAAACACCAACACGUCCAGUGCCAAACGACGCGCAAAGGUCACCAAGUCUGUGACCAUAGUGGUUCUUUCCUUUUUCCUCUGCUGGCUGCCCAACCAGGCGCUGACAGUCUGGGGCAUCCUCAUCAAACUCAACGUGGUUCACUUCAGUUACGAGUACUACACCACGCAGGUGUACGUGUUCCCCGUGUCCGUGUGCCUGGCGCACUCCAACAGCUGCCUGAACCCGAUUCUGUACUGCCUGAUGAGGCGGGAGUUCAGGAAAGCGCUGAAAAAACUCUUCUGGCGGAUGACUUCUCCGACAAUAAGGCCGAUCACAGCCACCACAAAGCCGGCGAGGGACGAGCGAGGGCAAGUCCCGGUCCCCGUCAGCGCGCCCGAGGAGCCCGCUGUUGUUUUCUAUCCUCCCGGGGCUGUUAUGUACAAUGACCGCCGAGAUCUGCCGCUGAACAGCACGUAGGCCGACAGUUGAAAGUGCCACAUGGACUUUUUUUUGGUUGUUUUUUUUUUACCCUCUCUGAUUGUUAUUUAUAUAUGAAUUGCUCUGCCAGGGAAGCUGUCUGAAUUCAAGCUGGAUCUGCGUUUUACAAAAAAGAUCAGCAAAUGUCACAUA